AUGUCUCUGUCGGACCUUGAAUCGGAAAAAGGCGACGCGGAUGGCCUCCUUUCAGAAGACCUCGUUCAAUCUCCCACACACAAGGCAGCCUCCACGAAAGCGGUGGACUUUGACGGCCUGCUUACGCCCCCAUUGCUUCUCCGCGAAGACCUCACAUCCGGCAACGGUGGCCAGGCAUGGCCUGCAGGAAUGAUACUUGGGAAAUACCUCUUGCGGCGGAAGCGGGACGAGUUGCAGGAUUCUUCAAUCGUUGAACUGGGUGCUGGCGGCGGGCUCUGUGGGCUGGCCAUAGCCGUGGGGUGCAGGCCCAAGGAUGUCGUUCACAUCACGGAUCAGCAGCCCAUGCAGGCCUUGAUGCAGCAGAAUAUCGCGCACAACAACUUGCAAGAUGCUGUCAAGGCCUCCGUGUAUGACUGGGGAAAUCCGCGUCCUCAAGAUAUCCCUCAGCCAGAUGUGGUGCUUGCGGCAGAUUGCGUGUACUUCGAGCCCGCAUUCCCUCUAUUGCUGCAGACACUGCAGGACCUAAUUGGCCCCAAUACUGUCUGUUACUUUUGUUUCAAGCGGAGAAGGAGGGCCGACAUGCAUUUCGUCAAGGCGGUCAAGAAGAUGUUUCUGGUCGAAGACGUGACCGAUGACCCCGACAGCGCCAGCUAUUCGUGGGAAAACAUAUUUCUCUGUACAAUCAAAAGGAAGCCUGGCCGGUGA